AUGCAAAUUGGUGGGCAAACACAACUAGCUUUCCAAUAUGGUGAUGAAAACAAAUUGCCAACUUGGAAAUUUGAUCAAAAUGAGAGUCAAAAAGCUCUAGCUCACAUGUUGGUAGUUGAUGAACUUCCUUUUAGCUUUGUAGAAGGUGCGGGCUUUAGGUAUUACAAUAGCGUUACUCAACCAUUGUUUAAAGUUCCGUGUAGAAAGAGUCACCGUGGGGUUGAUAUUGGGAAAAUGGUUGAGAAAUGUUUAACGGAGUGGGAAAUAGAAAACGUUUUCACAAUUUCUGUUGACAAUGCAAUGGUGCAAGAUGGCAUAAAAAAAGUUGAUAAGGCGGUUGAGAUAGUUCGAUGGGCGGUUAAAUGGAUUAGGCAACCGCCUUCUAGAAUUCAUAAGUUUACCGAGUUUGCUAAGGUUGCUAAUCCCGGUAUAACAAAACACUUGAAGAGAGAUGUGCCAACAAGAUGGAACUCUACUUACCAUAUGUUGGAAAUUGCCCAAGCUUACCAAAAAACUUUUGAGAGAUAUGAUCUUGACGAAUUUGAUUUUUGGUGCGAAAUUGAAAAGGCGGGUUUGUCGAUACCUUCAUCAAGCGAUUGGGAAAGGGCUAGGAAUAUAUAUAUUUCAUUCGUACGCUCUUGGAUGAUGCUAUUUCCUUCUAGUCUUUGUGAUAUUGCAUUGGCCAGGAAUAUGAAGUUUGAUAAGUAUUUUGGCGACAUAGAAAAAAUGAAUUUAUUGCUCUACUUUGCUUUGAUUCUUGAUCCGAGGAACAAAGUAAAGUAUUUGGUUAUACUACUUGAGGAUCGUUAUGGAGAAAAGGGGGUGGAGGCCAAAAAGAAAUAUAUCAUGGAUUCUAUGUAUGAAUUAUAUAAUGAUUAUAUUAAAAUUCAUUCUCCAAGUUCUACUUCAAGUACUGCCGAGUCUACCACUUCAUCAUUGAUAAUAGGGAAACGCCAAAACCCGGAUUUUAUGGCACCUAAUCUCCCAUUAAGAAAUAAACUAAGAGAAAAGAUGAAGACGAACAUAGUUGAAUCAAUUGGGGAGUUAGAAAAAUAUUUGCAAGAAAGUGUUGAAGACGACUUAGAAAUGUUUAGUAUUCUAGAUUGGUGGAAAGUGAAUAGUUCAAGAUUUAUGGUUCUAUCAUUGAUGGCAAGAGAUGUGUUUGUCAUUCCCGUCUCAACCGUGGCUUCGGAAUCUGUUUUUAGCACUAGUGGGAGGGUGUUGGAUCCGUUUAGGAGUUCUUUGACUCCUAAGAUUGUUGAAAGUUUAAUUUGUACACAAGACUGGAUUCAGGGUAGCAUAAGUGACACGAUCGAUUAUGAAAAAGAUUGGGAAGAAAAUCAACAAAUUGACAAAGAAUUGAGCAAGAUGAAGUAG